AUGUUCCAAUAUCCAUAUGUUGAUCACGAUCAGCAAAUGAUGGCUCAACAACCACCACAGCCAUGGAUUGCUGACCAAAAUUUUCCUCAAAUAAGGGUCGACGAGCUUACAGAAAAAUGCAAAGCAUUAGUUGCAGAAUAUAACAGACUCUUAAAAGAAAAUCAAGAGAUUAAGGAUAAUCUAGAAAACCAAGAAAAGAAAAAGAAAAUCCUUUCUAUCCAUGAAUAUUUUUUGAUGGAAAUGGAAAAGGUUAACCUCAGCAUUCAAACAUAUAAAGAUGCAUUAAAUCAAUUAGAAGAAUUCGCUCAAAUAACUCAAGAAGCAAUUGGAGCUCCAAUUCCAGAAUAA